UCGGACAUUUACCAAUUGAUUUCGGUAAAACCUAGGAUAUACAACAUCGUUUGGUCAAACCUCGAAUGAUUUUUGUAGUUCGGACUUUUACAAACGAUAUUUGAUAAAUCUUAGGAUAAACAAUCAGUCUUAGUAAAAGUCCAAAUAUAACUAAACUGCGAUCGGCUUUUAUCUUGACUAUCAUAAUUAUUAUUAUUUAAGUAUGAACUUUGGGAAUUUUCAUUUCGAUUUUCAUAUACAUCAUGAUUCUGGAAGACCUUGACACGUGUACCUACUCAUACAAUCAAAUCACUAUCAAUAGAAUCACAAUACAAUCAAUAAAUUAGCCAAAAAGGUACUCUAGGUGUAUGAUAAAAGUUGUUCCUACUUUAUACUGUGUUGCACAUACAAUAAAAUUUAGUUUAUGAUACGGAACAGGUUUGAUAAUAGAUUGAUUAUUGAUUGAAUAGGCAUAUUGAAAAUAAUAUUGUGUGCAGUAUUCGUUUUACAAUUGUCGCGAAAAGUAUAUGAUUUUCAAUAUGUCACUUAAAAUACGGUUUUAUGAACUUUUAAAUGGUGUUGUUGAAGCAAAAAAUAAUAAAAACACUCUAUACAUAACUAAUGAAAAGUAUAAUGUAUUAUUGAACGAAGUGAAAGAAUCAAAAUUGGUCAAAGUUAAAAAAUCAAUUCACUAUCGACGACUUAAACGGUUUGAUAUUGUUAAUAUUGGCGGAGAAGAAAAACUGAUUGUUCCGAUGAAUGGUGCCUCCGAAGAAAUGCGUUACUAUGUUCGCUAUGAUGAUUUGUAUGAAAUUAUUCAUGAAGCACAUAUUGCAAUAGGUCACGGAGGUAGAAAUCGUAUUGUGUAUGCUGUUAAUAGUAAAUACAAAAAUGUUAAUAUUGAGGCUAUAAAUAUUUAUUUAAAACUAUGUGAGCCAUGUCAAAAAAAACACAGUAUGCCCAAAAAAGGUCUAACUGUUAAACCUAUUAUACAUACCGAAAUGAAUUCGCACUGCCAAGUAGACUUGAUUGAUAUGCAGGCAAAUCCUGAUAACAAUUAUAAAUUCAUAAUGGUCUAUCAAGAUCACUUGACUAAAUUUGUUAUUUUACGACCACUUAAAUUUAAAUGGGCUGAAGAAGUUGCGUAUAACUUACUCGAUAUUUUCACUCUUUUCGGUGUACCAAAUAUACUCCACUCAGACAAUGGGAGAGAAUUCGUAAAUUCUGUUAUUACAAAUUUGUGUAGUUUGUGGUCUGAAUUGAAAAUAGUUCACGGAAAAGCUCGCCACAGUCAGUCUCAAGGUUCUGUUGAGCGUGCCAAUCAGGAUAUAGAAAGUAUGAUUGCGACGUGGAUGAAGACAAAUAAAACGACGAAAUGGCCAGAGUCCUUACGAUUCGUACAAGCUAUGAAGAACGGAGCUUUUCAUUCUGGUACGUAUUGUAUUAAAAUUGGUAUUUUACAAGAUAAAACUAAUAAGUUUUUCAAUGUAUUUUGACUUUU